AUUUCGAACCGUGGGAUUGCUUUAAUUUAACUUGCUAAUAGCAUUGAUUAUUGUAUUGCACGUAAGUUUAUGUGCUUUUUGCGUUGGUGUCUAAGCCAAAGACUGUUAAAGAGUAGGCUAGACUAGACUAGACUCUAGUCUAGUUAAUAAGAGUAUUAACUACAUAUCAUUUCUACCGUUGUCUUUUCUAAAUACAAAAUUAAUAACUUUUAAAAGUAUUUUUGAUCAAUUAAAGCAGACCAGGCUACAGGCUAUAGGCUAUAUUGCGUGAUAUAGCCUGUAUGCACGAAAGUGAAAGUAGGCUAGGCCUAAGCGGGAAUGCCCGCUUUAGAUUUUGCUUUCCAAACUCCAGAAUAAAUCCCAGACACUGCACCAUGUACCUGCAACAUUCUCUCGAGCGACAGUGUAGAAUACUACUGCAUUCAUUCAAAGAUGAAGACUCAAAUGUGGACGUAUAUGUUUGUGCUAUUUUUUACUCUGCAGAGUAAAUGCUCAGCUUGCGAAUGGCUCGGCCAAUACAGGAGGAUAAGCAGAGAUUCUCUGACUCUCCUUAAGGAAAUGGGUGAAAACUAUCCUGAUAUCAGGGUGCCAUUUCCAGGGCAACUGUACAACUGGAUAGACAACGCUAAGGUGGAGGACCAGGUUAAGUUUCUUGUCCUGACCUUAGAACAUAUCAUCCGAAUCAUGGAUGCCAGGGAGGACAUGAACGCAGCACAAUGGAACCUAAAGACUGUCGACCGUUUCCUAUCUAACCUGAACAGGCAGUCGUCGGAACUUAAAGAAUGUGUGGCUCGAUACCACCAUCCAUCACAUAAGGAGUCCUACGAGAUUAAGAUAAAAAGGCACUUCAGGAAAUUAAAGAAGAUUCUAAAGAAAAAAGAAUAUAGCGCUCAGGCAUGGGAGCUGAUCCGGAGAGCUGUGAGACAUCACCUUCAGAGGAUGGACAUCAUCGCAAGCAAUGCCACGUCCUCUCUAAAAGUUUAACAGAUGAGUUAAAGAAUUGCUUGUGAUAGUGGUGUUGGAGUGUUGACAAGUUACUGCAAACAAUGCCUUGCAACCAAAAACUCGAAAAAAAAUCGAAUGUAACAAAUGUAAUCAUUUACAUGAUUGUAUUUCAUUGCAAUGAAGGUAGCCUAGAGUUGUAUGUUUUGCCUAAUGGCUGGUGUUUAGUUAGUUUUUUUUCUAUGAAAACUUGAAGUAUUUGGAUCAAGCAAGCUAAUUAUUUUGCUUACCUGUGGAAUUCCUGUGAAAAUUUUAGUUUUAUUUAUUUAUGUUUUAUUGUGGUGUAAAUAGGCCUCUGUGCCUAAACAAUUCUCAGAUUUUCUUUUCUGAAUCUGAACAAAUGUUAUAAAAGAAACAAGCAAGCUAUGCAAUUCAAAUCACCUGUAGCCUUAUUUAUUAACUGUGAGUCAGUUGUUAUGUGUUUGUGAUUGUUUCUGGUAUUUAUUAUACUUAAUUUAAUUUAAAUUGUGCAAUUUUUGUAUCCCAGGAUAUUUACUGUUCUCAUUUGUACUGUUUUUAUAGUUAUUUAUAAAUUUAUUUAUUUGAUCUGUUUGCUCUCAAAAUGUUUUUGUACUUUCAAAGUUAUUUAUUUAUUUGAUCUGUUUGAUCACAACAUUUUUGUA